AACCUAGUAGUUGGCACGACAGGAGCAGGCUCCGUCUACACGUGUGACUUCUGUCUGCACGGCUGGAGAUGGCAGCCGGCGGGGUUUAGAGGGAAGGGAGGGGAGGGGAGGGGAGGGAAGGGAAGGGAUGGGGGCAAAUGCAGGAGGAGGGGUAUGAGUUGCUCUGCCUCGGUGCCAGGCAGGGUGAGAGGAGGGCGAUACUGGCACUGUUACUGCCCCAGCUCCCCGACGACAUCCUGCUGCUGCUGUUCGCGUACGCCGAUGCCCAGGCCCUGGGCCGGUUGUCGCAGGUCUGCCGGAGGUUCCAGCGCCUCAUCAACAAAGACACUCUGUGGAGGAGCAUCGCCAGAGUCUCCCUCAACACCGGCCUCACCCGCCUGGGCAGGGACGCGUUUCCCCAAAUAGCUCUGAAGGACCGUGUGAAGGCCUCUCGGAACUGGAAGCAUGGGAGGUGUCGCCAAGAGGUUACCCUAAGGUGGAAGUGCAAUUUGUUACCCUGGUUACAACUAGACCAACAGUGGCUCUACCUCUCCCAAGCAUCUGAUAUCCGAGCCUACUCCUUGAGUCGGAAUGGCACUGGUCUGCGGAGGCGCCCUAUCGCGGUCUACACUGGUCAUCAGGAUGAUGUCUGCCGAUUUGUCCUCAAUGAAUCUCAAGUUGUCAGUGGUGGAGGGAAUGGGAAGAUCAUUGUCUACGACACUUGCAACUCCUUUUGCACAGAGUACUCAGCACACAAUCAAGAGGUCAACUGCAUCGACAGCCGAGGACAUGUCAUCGUUAGUGGCUCAAGAGACAAGACAGCACGGAUUUGGUCACUGGAUUCAAAUCGCCUGGGCGAAUGCUUGCACACAAUAAGGACAGAAGAUCGAGUUUGGUCAAUCGCCAUUAACCCUACUCUCAGCUCUGUUUUGACCGGGACUGCUUGCUGUGGCCAUGCCUCUCCCUUACGGAUAUGGGACCUUCAAAGUGGCCAUCUGGAGAGCAGCCUGGGGUCAGACUUCCGAAGGGGAGCCGGGGUCCUGGACAUCGUGUACGAGAGCCCCUCGGUCGUGCUGAGUUGCGGGUACGAUUCCUACAUCAGGCAAUGGGACACACGGGCCGGCACCAGGCGCUGUGUGAUGGAAUGGGAGGAGCCCCACGACAGCGCUCUCUACUGCCUGCAGACCGACGGGAACUACAUGAUCGCCAGUGGCUCCUCGCACUAUGGGGUGGUCCGCCUCUGGGACAGGAGGCAGUCAAAGAGCCUCCAGAUGUUCUUCCUCUCCUCCCCCAGCAGCAGUCCCGUGUACUGCCUCCGGUUUACUACCUCCCACCUCUAUGCUGCCUUAGCCAAUGCACUUUACACACUGGACUUCACAUCCUCCAAGCCUUGGGGCUUGCCAGGUAAAGAACCCCAGACACCAAUCGAGACAUAUCCAGGACAGUGCACCUGAAGUCAAGGUCCGCCCAGCACACUGGCAGAUGAUGCAUUUGGAACAGACACCACUCCUUCACCCUUCCAGCUCUGCAGUCUUUAAAAAUCACCUUCUGUGGCAUUUUUUAAUAUAUGAAAUAGAGUGUUCUUUAUUUGCAAUAACUUUUAUAUGACUAGUGAAUGAGGUUGUCCAUUCGCUCAAAGCGUCAUCUGUAACUGGAUUUGUGUAGUCGGAAGGUGCUAAAGGCUGCACCAGUGUUCGGAUGUUUGAAUGCAAUUAAAAAAUAAUAAAAAACCUUGCAUUUGCAAGCGACACAGCCUGA